AUGACUCAAAGAUUUGAUAAAUUUGGCAAAAGAUACUCCACACCUAAAAUACUCUAAAACCUUACAUAUUGUAGUACAGAAGGCAAGCAUUCUUUAGAUGCUCUUUCAUUGAAAAUGAAUGAAGAUCUAUUUGUAGUUUCCGUUAAGUGCAACCUUCAGACAACAUUACUCACAAUUUAUGAUUUUAAUGAGAAUAGCAUAUCAAGUGUCUCGGUUUACACAUAUGGAGGAACAAAUAUUUUCCUAAUAAAUUAAAAGUACUAAAACAACUUAGUUAAAUUAGUGUAAUUGGAAAAAAUGAAAUUAGGAGUGAUAAGUAUAGUUUAAUAAGGGGAUGUUCCAAUUUUAUAAUUAGUUAUAGUUCCAUUGUAUGUGGAUGGUUCUUUCAAGCUUAAUUUCUAACGUGAAUAAAAUGUUCAAUUACUAACCUAUUCCUAAUUUAAGGCUGCAUAAUAUAUUGACAUCUAAUUAAUCGAUAAUGAAAUUAAAGCCAUUAACAAAAACGAUCCUAUUAAUAGUUAUCUAUUGAGUAGUUUUGACAUCUUUGGAGUUAUGCUAAAUUAAAAUAUUAUCAGGAAAUCAAAAAAUCAAAUUGAAUUUAAAAUUAUUUCAUUAAAUUCAAACAGUUAUUUAACUGUUUGGACAACCAUAUCGUCAUUUAAUUAUGAAGUAUUUUGUUAAAUUUCACAAAAAGAUGGAAUUACAUUAACUAGUCCUUAGAAACUCUCAACAGGAGGUGAAAUCUAUAAACUAGAUUUAUAAAUUAACAUACUUGCCAAUACAAUAUUGAUAACUUGGAGAGAAGGGUCAUAGUUUUCAGAUAUCAGUUUGAAUUCAGUUUAUAAAGGAGCCCUUAUAUCCAAAUAAUCCUAUCAAUUGAUUGGUGAAAUUUUCUAAAUUAACUCAGCGAAUUCUUAACUUAAAUCAUUAGGUAGACUUGAGGUAAUUGAAUUACAGAAUCAGGAUAUGAUAAUUAGUAUAAUGUUUUACAACAUCUUGGUGGACACCUAAAUUAUAAUCUCAUAUAAAUUUAAUGAAAUGGGUGAAAGGUUAGAAUUCUCUUAAAUGAGAUGUGGUUAUGCUUGUCAAGAAUGUAAUUAAUAAGGAUUGUGUUUCAAAUGUACAAAUAGUGAUUUAUAUCUCUUGUAAAUGGAUGGAAGUUGUGUAAAGAAACCUGAAUAUUGUGUUAAUUUUAAAACAUAUUGUCAGGACUGUCUUGAUGGAUAUUACAAAACCUAAUAUCUUACUUGUGAAAAAAUUAAUCAACAAGUUGAAAAAACCAUCCUUUUUGAUUAUGAAAAAUACUACUAUUUUUAUUAGAUUGCUUCAUACUCAAAUGGUAAUUUCGUGGUUGUAGGUUCUAAAAGUUAUACAAUUAUUGAACUAAAUUAUUAUCUAAGUGAUGGAACUUAAAAAGUACAAAAUCUCUAAAUCAUAACUAUUUCAAAUAGUAAUAGGAUGAUUAAUGACAUAUCCCUAACCAUUGAUGAUAAUAACUUACUUACAAUAUUUUAUUCUGUAUUCUCCUAUACAUAUUCAGAUAAGAAUAUGUAUUACUAUUAAUAGUUUGAUUAAACAUUUAAUAAACUGGCAGAAGCUAAAUUAUUUUAUUUAGGGUUACAAAAUUAAGAAACAACAUCUAUUAAAGCCAAGAUUCUGAAUAGUGGAUAAUAUGCAAUAAUAAUUAAGAGUAGAUUUGAUAUCUAUCUUUAAAUAAUGAAAUUAAACUUUGAAUUUGUUGCUGACAUCAAAUUACCUUUUAGUGAUAAUUUCGAUUUCACAUCUAAUGGAGAGUUAAUUGCUUUUGCUUACAUUAAAGAUACAAUUUGCAUUCUUAACAUCUUUGAUUUACAAUUAAAAUUAAUUUAACAUCAAAUUAUUAAUGAUGGAGGAUUAGUUAAAUUGGCAUCAAAUGAACUUAAACAAUUCAUUAUAGUUACUAAUAAUUAAAUAAAUAUAUUUGCUUAAGGUUUAAUCAAGCAAUCCUAUAAUAUAACUGCUAUAAGCGAUAUCAAUGAAAUUGUCAUCCAUUCAUACUAAAAGAAUUCAAAAUCGUAUCAUUUAUAUUAUUUUUCAAUGCAAGGAUUACUUAAAAAAUCUGUUUAAGUUAACAUGAAUUAUACUGAUUUACCUACACAAAAUAGUUGGUUAACUAAGUUAUAGAAUAAUAAUUUUAUUGUAUUCUUUCACGCUGGAAUUAUAAAUUAUAAUUGGAGGAUAAAUUUUGCAAGGUUUGAUUAGCAGGGAGUUUCAAGACCUGUUGUGUAUCCUGCGAAACAUCUUCUGUAUGUGAUAUUUGUAGUUUUGGCUUCUAAAAGAAUAUUGAGACUUUACUUUGCGAAAAAAUAUGUCUCUAAGCUGAUUGUAACAGAUGCAAAUUUAGUGAUUGCGACUAAUGCUCGAGUGGAUUUUAAUUUAAUGAAUUGGGAUAAUGUGUGA